AUGACGGUUUCCGAACACCCGAUCGACACCCCGCCACGCGCGCCCUCGCCAGUUCACAGGUUCGGUACUCUCGCUGUACACGCAGGGAGCCCUCAUGACCCUGUAACGGGAGCCGUGAUUGAGUCUAUCUCGCUUUCCACCACAUUUGCGCAAACCAGCGUUGGAAAGCCAGUCGGCGAGUACGAGUACUCGCGAUCCUCCAACCCGAACCGAGACAACUUCGAAAAAGCAGUCGCCGCUCUUGAACACGCCCGCUAUGCGCUUGCAUUCUCGUCUGGUUCCGCGACCACUGCCAACAUCCUCCAAUCGCUCGCUGCAGGCUCACACGUCGUAUCCGUCUCGGAUGUCUACGGAGGAACGCACCGCUACUUCACAAAGGUCGCGCUCACACACGAUGUCAAGGUCACAUUCAGCCCGAGCAUCGAGAUCGAUAUCGCCGAACUCAUUCGCCCGAACACGAAGCUCAUCUGGAUUGAGUCGCCAUCGAACCCCACAUUGACCCUGGUGGAUAUUAGGAAGAUCUCUACGAUCGCGCAUCAGCACGGGAUCAUGGUGGUUGUGGACAACACCUUCAUGAGCCCGUACGUACAGAACCCGCUGGACCACGGUGCGGAUAUCGUUGUGCACUCAGUCACAAAGUACAUCAACGGCCACUCAGAUGUAGUCAUGGGCGCCGCAGCUUUCAACUCGGACGAUCUCUACGAGCGUCUUUCUUUCCUCCAGAACGCCAUCGGUGCCGUGCCUUCAGCGUUCGAUUGCUGGCUUGCACACCGUGGUCUCAAGACCCUGCAUCUCCGCGCGCGGGAAGCGACAAAGAACGCUACUGGUGUUGCAAAAGCCCUUGAGGCCUCAUCGCACGUCAUUUCCGUCAACUACCCUGGUCUGCCUUCACACCCACAGCACGCUAUCGCGCUCAAGCAACACCGCGAUGGUAUGGGCGGCGGUAUGCUGUCAUUCCGCAUCCAGGGCGGCCACGAAGCUGCAGAGCGUUUCUGCCAGGCGACUAAGAUCUUUACACUCGCUGAGUCGCUAGGUGGUGUCGAAUCGCUUGUCGAAGUCCCCAGUGCCAUGACACACGGCGGUAUUCCCAAGGAGCAGCGUGAGGCGGCCGGUGUCUUUGAUGACUUGGUCCGUAUUAGCUGUGGUGUCGAAGACGAGGUUGAUCUCGUUGCGGAUGUCAAGCAAGCACUUGAGAAGGCUCUUGUAGGCCCUAAGGUUAAGAAUGGUGUUGAGUGAAUGACGGGGUCCCGGCUGCUUAGGACGCAGCGGCGUUAGAAUGAGGCUCUGAAGACCUUUCACGGCAUUUUCCUUUCUUUCGGGGUGAUACAAAAUCUUUUAGACGGCGUUUUAUAGCUAGCCAUGCUUUACGAAACUCAUGAUAGAUGGAAUCGAACGAUGCCCUUUUGCAUAUUCUGAAAAAAA